AACACAGCUCCGUCGUGUCGCGCCGCGUUCUCUUGCAAUUUCGAGAGAGAGGUGCACACCAGGAAAGUGCCACGCGGAGAGAAAUAGGCGAGCGAUUUUGCGCCCCGGCCGAUAAUGUCACGACUCGCGAGGAGGGGUCGCCGUCUACAUUUGAUCGCUAAGAUGAGAGGAGCUCCCGCACGUCGCAAGCAUGUUCCCGCGACUCGCCUCCCCCGGCGGACUUCUUCCUCCGGGAGCCCCAUCUUCUUCAGAGCCCACAACCACUCUUGCCAGUCGUUCUCCAGACGAGGGUGGUUUGCUACCGGACAGCAGCGGCGGCGCCGUCGAGAAUGAGGCGGUGGUCGCGGACGAUGGCGCCUGCGUGAACGAUCGGAUCCUCCAUUAUUAUUACCACCAUCAUCAGCAUCAUCAUCAUCCUCAGCAUCGUUAUCGUCAUCGCGAGCUGCAACAGCAGCCGGAACCCGAGCCGGAGCUGGACGAUCUCUUGCGCUUCCGCGGACCAACAGGAGGACAGGAAAUGGUCGUGCAGGAAAUGGCACAGGGCUACACGCAGCUCCUUCAUACCGCCCAAAAGCCGGAGUUCAUCUCGUUGGACGAGCUGCAGCCGCGCGUCCAUCAGGAGCACCACCGUGUGCACGAAACCUGCGCGCAGAUCGCCUCGUCCGCCUCCCAGCUCUACCAACAACAUCGCGACGGCCAUCAGCAACAACGAAAUUACUAUAAUCUCUCGACCGUGCAAAAAAUUUCCUGCCCCACGGUUUAUUUUGGCGAAAUAGACACGGGUUCCGGAGUGGGAGAGUUAACCGCAGCCUCGGCGGGGGGUGGCGAAGGUCUCGCCCCGACUCCAACCCCCGCCAGCAGCAACACCACCGCCACCACCCCCAGCAGCCCGAGUGCGACCACUACAACUACCAGCACCACCACCACCACCACCACCACUACCACCACCACCGCCAGCAGCAGCACCGCUGUCGCCACCGCCGCCACUACCAUCGCCACCAUCUCCAACAGCACCUCCACCAUCCCUCAGGUUGCAACGGGGGCUGAACCGCCCCAGCACAUGGAGACACCCCCGACGAUGAUUCCCGACCAGGCACCCGCCUCCGGCCAUCAUUAUCACCACCAUCACCACCAUCAUCAUCACCAUCGACAUCAUUGUAACACAUCCACCACGAGUAGCCACGGACCAACGAACGAUAUCUCGGUCGAGUUCGCACCGGCGUCCAGGAAGCGGAAGCUUUCCUGCCACGUUGGAAACGAUCUCUUGGACGAUUUAGGGGACGACACCAAAUCCGUUCGCACAAAUGACGACAGUAAGAAGCAGAAUCAUAGCGAGAUUGAGAAGCGCAGGAGGGACAAGAUGAACACGUACAUCACCGAGCUGUCGGCAAUGGUGCCAAUGUGCCACGCGAUGUCGCGGAAGUUGGAUAAGCUGACUGUAUUGCGGAUGGCGGUACAACAUCUCAAGACCAUCUUCGGUGCCGUCACCUCAUACACGGAAGGUCACUACAAGCCCGCGUUUCUCAGCGACCAGGAGCUCAAGACGCUCAUACUUCAACUUGUCUUAUUUCAGGCCGCGGAGGGCUUCGUCUUCGUGGUAGGCUGCGAUCGUGGAAGAAUUCUCUACGUGUCCGAGUCCGUCUCGCAGACUCUCAAUUAUUCUCAGGGUGAUCUACUGGGUCAAAGCUGGUUCGACAUCUUGCAUCCCAAGGAUGUCGCCAAAGUGAAGGAGCAGCUUUCGUCCUCGGACCUCAGCCCGCGGGAGCGACUGAUCGACGCGAAGACGAUGUUACCGGUGAAAACUGACGUGCCCCAAGGCGUAUCACGACUCUGCCCUGGCGCACGAAGGUCCUUCUUCUGUCGGAUGAAGCGUAAGGUUGAGGGGGUCCGUUGCGGUGAGAUGCAGGUGAAAGAGGAAGCCGACACUACUACUACUGGCUGCCACAGACGAAAGAAACAGCAAAACGUAGAUUGGAAGUACUGCGUGAUUCAAUGCACGGGCUAUUUGAAGUCCUGGGCGCCCGCGAAGAUCGGCCUCGAGGAGCAAGAGGGCGAGGCCGACGGUGAGGCUUGCAAUCUGUCUUGCCUGGUCGCGGUCGGCCGGGUCCAAACGGCGAUAUCGACGGCCGCGUUGUCGUCGAGGAAGCCUUACUUGAGACCCAUACAGUUCGUGUCGCGACACGCGAUGGACGGCAAAUUUCUCUUCGUGGACCAAAGAGCUACUCCAGUAUUGGGCUUUCUACCUCAGGAAUUAUUGGGCACCAGUAUGUACGAAUAUUAUCAUCACGACGAUAUUCCUCAUCUGGCGGAGUCUCACAAAGCCGCCUUGCAGACCAUCGAGCGCGUUACCACGCAGAUCUAUAGGUUUCGGAGCAAGAGCGGGAAUUUCGUGAGACUGCAGUCCGAGUGGAAGUCCUUCAGAAAUCCGUGGACCAAAGACAUCGAGUACCUAAUCGCCAAGAAUUCCGCUAUCUUCUGGGACACGCGUCCGGGUGGAAAUAAUGGAUCGGAGGACUCGAGCGUGCAGGGCAAUUACGAUUACUUCACGCAGAGUAACGGUGGACUAGAAAGACUGAUCUCGAGCCACGUGGAGGUAAGUAAGAUCGGCCGGCAAAUAGCGGAAGAAGUACUAGACCUUCAAAGACGCGGCGAGGACUCUUCCGCGGGUAGUAGUCCGGGUCCAACGGCGGAGGCUGGUUUAUUAAAUACCGAGAUGCAAACCACGACGACGGUGUCGCCAGAGAGAACCCCAGCCGACGUGUCCCAGCCGGGCAUCGGCAGCGACAACAGCGGCAAUCCGACGUCGACGUUCAACCACGUAGCGAACAACGUGCAGCUCAACAGCAUCGCGAACGACCAAGGAGCGUCACCAGACGAGGAAAUGAUGGACAUGAUCGGCAGUACCACGAUUAACGAAUCGCCGAAUCCGAUCCCGUCCGACGGCAACGACGAGGCAGCGAUGGCUGUCAUCAUGAGCCUCUUGGAAGCCGACGCGGGCUUGGGCGGUCCCGUGGACUUUUCCGGAUUGCCUUGGCCGUUGCCAUAAUGCAUGUUCAUUUUAGUCCGCGAUCGAAGGUGCGAACGUGGAACUUCGCUGAGGAAAGAGCCCCGAAAACGAGCGUUGCGAGCCUAAUCUGGUGCUAAAAUGGUGCUUUAAGGAAUAAAAACUCUGUAAGUUAAGUGAAUCGUAGCUUCCGAAUGAAACUGGUCGACGUACGACUCGACUAGCGAUCGUUCCUUUAGCGGAAGACGAUCGGCAGUGGAGAUAUCGUCCGUUUCUCUUUCCUCUUUUAUCGUGAAUUUGUAAAACUAUACAUAUACAUGUAUAUAUAUAUAUAUAUAUAGGCCCAAAGGCAAAAAUCCACCUUUUUACCGUUAUAUCUCAACCCUCAAGACGGUCAUAAUCAGGUUUGAGGUGUAUUCUUAGGUUUUGAAGGUCGCUGAUAACGAUAACUGAACGUCAGAUUUUUGGGAAAAGGUGGAUUUUUGCCUUUGGGCCUUAUGUUGGGCCUGUUCCAGAUCGAUUACCAUCAUGAGACAUGACUUAAUCGAAAGCAAAUUUAAAAAGGAAUAAAAUAAAAAAAACAAAAAAAAAAUCGAAGGUGGCGUACUUUGCGAAA